UUCAAUCCAUGUUUGAUCUGCUCGUUUCUCAUUAAAAGGAUGAGACCUGUAGGAUUGCUGCUUCUACUGAAGACCCUCAAAGGGUGUCUUCCACAGGAUAUUCAUGUAUCUCAGAUACCUGUAAUAAAUACAAGAGUGGGCAGUACAGUCAUCUUACCCUGUAAUUACACCCUCAACAUUAAAAACAGUACAGCACCCGGAUGGUAUGACUGGUACAGGCAUGUACCUAAUGGACCUAAAGUGUCUGAUGACAGUGAGGAUUUCAAAGGGAGAAUCUCCAAAGUAAGUAAUGACAAUUUCAUGGAUCAGAAAAGAGCUGAUAUUGAGCUGAAGGAUGUGAUGCUUUCAGACACAGGGAAUUACAUCUGUCAAGUCUCAUUUGUGAGCAGCAUGGUAAUAUCAGCCCAUGGCAAUGGAACAUUCAUCAAUGUAUCAGAAUCUACAGAGAAUAUUCCUGCAGGAAAUACUCUAACAGUUUCUCUCAGUGCUGGUGCCGCAGUCCUCAUAAUACUCAUCUCAGUGGCAGGUUAUCUGGCUUACACCAAUAAAGGUUUUCAUUCCAACAGAGAAGAGGGACCUAUAGUCUACACAGACUUCACAGAACCAAGGAUUGACAACUUCCACAUGCCAUCACAAGAGUGGCAGAAUACAGAGAAUCAAUUGUACAAUGGAGAAAACUUUCAGAAUACAUAUGCUGAGUUUCUAGACAACAGUAGAAUCCAUAUUCCCCAAAAACCAAGGAUUGACAACUUCCACAUGCCAUCACAAGAGUGGCAGAAUAAAGAGAAUCAAUUGUACAAUGGAGAAAACUUUCAGAAUACAUAUGCUGAGUUUCUAGACAACAGUAGAAUCCAUAUUCCCCAAAGUAAUCAUGAAACGCAUCAAUACAGUAUGAUACAGUAGAAAACCAUUUUUUUUGGGCAAGGGCUUCAAUACCUUGGAUCAUUUGCAUCUACAUACGGCAUCCUAUGAAUAGUUUAGAAAACAUUAAAAUGUGGUUAAAACAUUGCUUUUUAUGUGGAAAUUCUUUAAUACAAAGAGUUUUCAGGUUUCUCAACUCAAACUAGCUGAAUCUAUUUUUUAUUCAAGUUUUUUCUUAAAUAAGAAACGAUUUAAGUUCAUUUGAGGUAUAAAAACUCUAAGAUUCAACCUUUGAUACAUAACCCCUUUAAUUUUAACACCCUUCUAGUGUUCAGACAAUACCUUGGAUCAUUUGCAUCUACUUAAGGCAUCCUAUGAAUAGUUUAGAAAACAUCAAAAUGUGGUUAAAACAUUGCUUUUUAUGUGGAAAUUCUUUAAUACAAAAAUAGUGUGUAGUUCAUGAAACUCAUCUCAUAUCUCAUAAUUAAAAUAAAAAAAGCUCAACCAAACUCCCACGCUCGAUAUUGCCUUAUUUAUUAAUAAAAUAACUCGAAUAAAUCCGUGCAGGAAAAAACCCGAUAAAAUUGAGCAGAAUCAAAAACCAUAUGGGAGGUCCUCUUCCUCCUGAAUCAAUCAGUUUUUGUAUAUAAUUCUUAUGUUUGGGGGCA